CAAAGGAAUAUUGUAAAAAGUUACGAAUGAACAUUAUAAAAAGUCUCAAAGGAACAUUAUAAAAGGUCACAAAGAAAUAGUAUAAAAAGUGACAAAGGAAUAUUGUAAAAAGUCAUAAAGAAAUAGUAUAAUAAGCCACAGAGGAACAUUAUAGAAAGCCACGAAGAAAUGGCAUUAAAAAGUGACAAAGGAUACGCUUGAAAAAUGAUGCGAAAUUGUUCAAGAAACGAAUGAACAGCGCAGUGCGUGCGGUGCCAAACCCGGCCCGGUGUGUUGUUGUCACGCGUGGAAAAGUAGAAAAAUAUAUUAUAAUUAAUAAUAAUAAAGGAACGUGUUUUUAAGGAACCCCGAAUAAUAUAUUUACGUCUGGAGGAUGGAUCCCGGGAACAUCUUCCAGAUUAUCACCAACAGCACCCUACUCGCAACGCGACUUUUGUCAGGCGCUGGAAGGUCCCUGCUGGAGUUCACACAACACCGAUACUGCGCAGUUCUCAGGGAGGAUGCGCCCACUUCUUCAGGUGUCAUCACGGUAGUGGCCCGUCAUGAAGAAGGAUCCCCCGUCAGGUAUAGCAUCACUGGUGGCAACAGAGAUGGCCUCUUCACCAUCGACCAGAAAACGGGGCUCAUCACACUAGCAGCUGCGCUGGACUACGAACUCUACGACAAGCACGAACUGGUAGUCUCGGCCGAGGGCGGAGGUCAGCUGGUCCACACAAUCGUACAGGUUGCCGUGGCGGACGUGAACGACAACCCUCCUGUCUUCGCAGAUCCGGAUCCCUACGUCACCGUCAUCGAAGAGGACGACAGGCACCUCCCAACGACUCUUUUAAAGGUCGAGGCCAAUGACCCAGACCAGUCGGACGAAUCUGGGCUUUUGUACACUUUGCGAGGUGAUGGGGUGGAUGGGUACUCUCCAGAAGAUGCCUUCUUCAAGAUCGAUCCACAUACCGGAGAUCUUAUGCAGUUGAGGGCCCUCGAUCGUGAUCCGCCCAAUGGGAAAAGAUUAUGGAAGUUGAGAGUCAAGGUCCAAGAUGGCCAGGAACCAUGGAAAGCUGGAAAACGACUCACAGGAACGAAAAGUAAAUUGCCAAAUUCAAGAGAUCACUCGCCAUCGUGGGACUAUGAAAGCGGGUUUCAGAAUGACCAGCGUGUUGAAAAUACUCUCGGAAGAGACGACGAAGUCACUGAACCAGAACCAAACAAAAACAGUGGCUUUAAACAUGCCAGUUCCAAAGGUCAAGAAGACGAGGUCAGGAGUAGACUGUGGGACACAAAAGAUGAUGGGUUUGAUCGGCUUGUCUCGCUCCAGAAUGGCGGGUCAAGUGCAAGAAAGCACGCGUGGACGCGAGAAAGAAACCGUAGAUAUAAAGGGAAGCCAUCCUUCUGGACAAGUUCGAAUGACGGACAACAACGCCCAUACGCACAGCAUUCUUGGACAUUCCAGGAAAUCAGUCAGAAAGAUACCAAACAGCUAUCCUGGAAUGACCAAGCUAGGUUUGUUACUCCCAGAUCUGUAUACAACUACAAGAAUGAGGAAGACUUGCAUAAAAACAGCUGGGAACUCUCUAAAAGAAUAAGGGACGAGAAAGGCAUAGGUAAAUGGGUCAGUAGACCUGAAUCCAAAGUGGGGAGUAAUGACGAAUAUGAUGAACGAACAGAGUUGGGUUUCAGCAGCAGGAGGUCCAACAUUGGUGAUCAUGCCUGGCAUGUCAGUCGGUUAAGAGAGAGCUUGAGUGACUCAACCAACAGAAGAACAGCUGAAGGGCAACGGGCAAAAUUUGAAAAUAAAAACAAAGGCGGAGAUUUAGAAGAACAAAGAAUGAAGGAGAGAAUUUCACUCAGUAAGUCAAAGUCUGGAGGGUUCUUGGUUUCAUCUCAAGACACUGCAAGGACAAGUGGUCAAGGACGAUCUCUUGAACAGAGCAGUGAAUUGUCGAAAUCAAGACUAAGUUCUUUUGCAGCUGUCAAAAACCAGAACACAGAGACAACAGGUAGCAAAGGGAGUAUGAAAAACAUUUGGGCAAGUGAUAGCAGAGGUCAGCAUCCAAAUUUUAAAUUCAACAGAUUUCUCCAAAAAGGCGACAGUACCUGCAAAGGUCAGAUUUCCACAUGUGACCUGAUUCCUGAAUUGAAAGGUGCGGAAAAAAUCAGAAAGAACAGCCAGUCCUCGUGGAGUAACAGUCUUAAGACAAAAAUUAAAUUACGCAACGAAACAAAGCGUCACAGAUUUGAGACCCAUACCGAUGAUUCGCCUGACUACCUCAUUUCUCUGGACAAAUUAAAGAAUCGACAUAUUUCCAGAAAUGCCAAUUUUAAGCCGUCGACCUCUGAUUGGGAAGAAAUCGAAAGUUCUAACGAUGGACAAUUGAGACAAGAGCCCCGUUUUGUCAAAAAGGCUAAGAGGUCUCCUGGUGGGGCGUUUGAAACAACAGGCAAAGGCAGCAGCAUUUUGUAUGAAAGCUCUUCUGUCAUGCAAGAACUGCAACCUAUAGGAGCUAGUUCUUCGAAGUUACUUUCAUUAAGUAAAGACUCAACACUAUUUCCUCAGGAUAAAAUUGACUCCUUGGGGAAAUCAGCCCUUGCUAACAGCGCCCUACAUUCCACAGUUGGCACUGCAAAUUCGACUGAAUUAAAUGGAUACUCUCAUAACGUUAAGUCAAACUUUUCAAAAACCACAUCAUCACAAGAGCGACUCAAGCCGCAAGCGGACGGUUUUACUCUCAUCAGACACCCUAGCGAUACAUCAUCAAAGAAACCUAAUAGAUUUCCAGACAAUAAAUACCAAAGUUCUCCUGUGAAUCAGACCUCAAGGGAGACUGUGUUGCUUACUUCGAGUGGCAAAAGAAAUAUUUCUUUACCUGAGAAUAAAACCCCUUUCCCUGCCUUAGUUGCCAGAAAUCGACAGAUCAGUUCCAGCGCUCAGAGUUACCAGAGGUCAGGCGUCAGAUCAGGCGUCAGAAAGCGAGAGAGCAAAUGGGUUUUGCAGAAGCCCCCAUCGAGGGGCAAACAAGGCUGGUUCUCGAGGGGCACCAGAGACAACUUCAAGGAGUCUCCUCCUCCUCCUCCUUUCGAUAACUUUGACUUGGACGAGGAUGAAGAAUGCGACGAGGCUUCCCAGGUCAGUGGGGCGGUGGCCGAUGGGGGCGGGACUUGGAAAGGACAUCCGGUGCACGAGACGGAGAUCCUUGUGACGGUUGCCGUCAAGGACAUCAAUGACAACGCCCCCAUUUUCCCCAACGUGACGAUGUUUGGCGAAGUGCGAGAAAAUGGCCCAGUAGACCUGUCUGUAGCGGAAGUGUCCGCGUGGGACGCUGACGACGCCACCGAGGGCACCAACGCCCGCAUUACCUACGCCAUCGAGAAGAACGUCAUCCACGACAGGUCCGGGGAAGCCAUCUUCAACGUGCAUCCUCAUUCCGGGCUGGUGACGACCGCCCUCUGCUGCCUCGACAGGAACGACCCCGAAUACCACAUUCAGGUGGUCGCCGCUGAUGGCGGAGGACUCAAAUUGGUUGGCACGGGCACAGUCGUGGUUCGUCUGACGGACGAGAACGACAAUUCGCCGCGUCUCGCCCGACAAUACUGGGAGCUGGAAGUGGACGAGACGUGGGGGGACGGCCCCCCCAAUAACGUGACCCUCCUGGAGAUGACAGCUGCGGAUCCGGACACCAAGAAUCACUUCUCUUACAAGAUCGUCGAAGAGAGCGGCUGGGGCUGGGACCACUUUGGCAUCCGGUCGACUGGGGCAUCCGGCCAGCUGUAUGCCCUGAGGACUCUCGAUUAUGAGGACGACACCCAUCGCCAGGGAUUCAAGUUCAUGGUACAGGUCACUGAUCAGGGGGAGGGCGGAUGGGUCGAUCCCAGGCACCAGGACACUGCCUGGGUGGGCGUGAGGCUCCGAGAUCUCAACGACAAUCCUCCUCAGUUCGUCCGCCCCCACGCCCACGUCACCAUAAGCGAGGACGCCCCUCCAGGCACUUUGUUGGCAACCGUGUCCGCCCACGAUCCAGAUGACGGGGGAGCCGGUCGAGUCGACUACUCCGUCGUAGGUGGCUGGAACUCGCUCCAGGUAGACGAGAGCGGGGGCGUGACGCUGAACCGCCGUCUGGACCGCGAGGCUGAGGAGGGCGCCCUGGGCAUCGCCCGAAUCUUGGGCGUGGACAGGGGGGAGCCGCCCCUGACUGCCACAGCGACCCUGACGAUCACAGUCACGGACGUCAACGACUGCCCUCCUCGCCUGGUCCCGCCGGACGUCCUUCACGUGACGGAGGGCGACCCGCCCUCGCUCCUCGGCGUCCUGACGGCUACUGACGAUGAUACGUGGGCUCUUGGGCAUGGCCCGCCCUUCAGCAUGAAGCUGUCUCCGUCGAAUCCGCCUCACGUCGUGGAUCUCGUCAGGUUGAAGUUUGAUCAACAUGUCGACAGCGGUCGAGGAGGAGCCGAGCUCUGGACCAGAGGUUCGCUGGACCGCGAGACGCAUCGGACGCUCCCCGUAGAAGUCUUGAUGAGCGACGCAGGAGGACUCAGCAGGACGCAGACUGUCACGGUUGCUUACUGCUUUCGAAUCGACGACCUCAACGAGUCCAUACCCAUGAAGAAAACCCCAUUCUGCAUAGCCAAAGGACCCAGUUACAUUUAAAUCUUGUGGAAGACCCUGGGCAGCGGAUCGGACGCUCCCUUGGGUCGCGUGUACGUAGACGACCCCGACGACUGGGAUAUAGGAGACAAGACCUUCCGGUGGGCCGGCAAGCCUCACCCCCUCUUCAAGCUGAACGCUGACGACGGCGCCAUUUUUGCUUCCAGCCUGGUGCGGGAGGGAAGGUACCUGCUGCACUUUGCGGUGAGUGACCGGGUGUGGAGCCAAGUGGGCGUCGCUGCCAACGUGACUGUGGUGGUCAGGACUCUGACCCACGAAGCCCUGACCCACGCUGCCCCAGUCAUUCUGACCCCCGUUACUCCAGCCGACUUGACCAGGGGUUGGACGCCCGCGACCGGAGGAGGUGGUCUUGGAAAGCUCCUGGAGGCUGUACACGACAUAGUGUCAGAAAGUCCCUCCUACAAAGUGGAAGUCGUCAGCAUUUACGGGAACCACGGUCUUCCAGGGCCCACUUCGACGGCCUCCUUCACUUCCUCAAGAACUGAAUCUUCGUCACCCAGUCACCUACGAGAAGGGGGACACCCAGUUGGUACUAACUCAUCCAGUGAGCAUCCAGCGUCAACCGCCUGCGUCUGGGUGAGCGUGAAGGAUGGUGACAAGGAUGCUUUCGUAGAUCCUGUCAAGCUGCAGGGUUUGCUGUCUCUCCACAAGGAUAAGCUGGAGAAAGCCACCGGCCUCUCAGUGUCCCUGAAGGACCCGCCACCUGUCUUCGGUAAGAAAGGACCCUCUGUCCAGCAGGUCCUUAAGAAGGACGCCGUGGGUGGAGGGUAUCCUCCCCCGCACCUCGAAGGACCCGAGGACUCUGCUCUCUCCACUCUCAAGUUGUCCUACGAGGAAGGGGCCUCUGUGACCUCACUCGCUUCGACUGCUCUUCCUCUUCAGGUUGUGGACACGAACCUGACCUCGUUGGUGACGCCUCUGCUCAUUCGUACCCGCGAGUGUGUGCCCCAGGAGAGCCCGAGGGGCAGCGGGUAUGCUGCUUACGACUCUGAUACGUGCGCCCCUUCCACUUGCCUCAACGGAGGCAGGUGCAUAAGAUCUCCUUCGGGCAGCAGGUGCGUCUGUCCAGGAGGCUCCUGGGGUCCCCAGUGCAAGAUCCUCUCCAGGACCUUCCGUGGAGCCAGCUGGGUGUGGUUGAAGCCUCUCCCUCCUUGCCUGCCAAGUACGCUGUCCUUGCGGGUCCUGACGCGUAGACCUCACGGAAUGCUCCUUUAUUCGGGGCCCCUCGCCCCCCAGUCGCAGCUUUUCGGGUCCUCUGCGAGUUUCCCCUCGCCCAUGUUAGCUCUGCAAGUGGUGGAGAGCAAGCCUCAAGUCAUCGUCGAAGGGAUCGGCAGGUCUUUCGUCCUCGGAGUCAAUGCGUCUGUCGCAGACGGCGAGUGGCACACCAUCCACCUUCACUUGCAUUCACAGGGAUUGGUCUUGAUGGUGGAUUUCUGUGGCGUGGGAUGGGACGAGAAGACAAGCGACGAUGACUCUCACUGCGUUGCUAGGAAGUCCUGGGGGCUUCCUGAAGGUCUGGGGGCGUGGGAGGUACUGGGUCCUCUACAGGUAGGGGGUCUGGCUCAAGGCCCACAGCGACCGAAGGAUUAUGGAUGGAGUCGAGUGCCAACGCCUCACUCACUCGAUGGGUGUCUUUCAGAUCUGAAUAUAAAUGGUCAGUUAACGGACUUGGGUGAGCCAGCAUGCAGCAAAGACAGCACACUUGGCUGUCAUCCGCAAGAAACAGCGUGUCCAGGUGGGCCAGGAACGUGUGGCAUCAGAGGUGCCUGCUCGGGCGGCCUGAAUCACCCCGAGUGCCACUGUGACCCUGGUUGGACGGGGGUCAGUUGUGAUACCCCAACAGUCCCAGCCACUUUGGGUUCGAGGUCGUACAUGAAGCUGGCUUUGUCCUUCACUCCUUCGUCGAGGGUCGUCAGCGUUCAGCUGAGGGUCAGGACACUCGGCGAACCAACGGGGAUGCUGGUUCAUCUAGCAGCUCAGCACACGCAGCAUUCUUUCACUGUUCACCUACGAGCCGGGGUGGCCUGCGCAUCAGUGUCCGGUGCAGGGUGGGCUGCCAGGGUCGUGUGCGUCGAGGGCAGGCCCUUGGGAGACGGUCACUGGCACACCGUCAGAGCGGAGAGACACGGCCAUAAUCUCCUCAUCAGCGUCGACGGUGGAGACGAAUGGCGGGUCAAUAAAUCGAUUCCCUCCCUCACGGCCGGGAAAUCCAGCAUCCAGGAGGAAUUGGGACGUCCUCCAAUGCCUUUGGAGAUCGACAAGCAUGACGGAGUGACGGUGGGCGGGCUUCCCGAGUUCUUGGGCGUUAAACUCGUGACUGUUGGAGAUGACCUGCAAGAAGCAUGCAUAGACGACCUGAGAGUGUCAGAUCGCCAGCUGCCCCUUCCUCCUGCCGUCAACGGCAGCACCUGGGGCCAAGUGACCACCUUAGACGGGUUCAUCAAGGGCUGCAACCCUCCCCCCCACUCCUGUGUGAACACGACCUGUGAUCCCCCUCUGUCCUGCCACGGCUCCUGGACGCGGCCUUCUUGCAGCUGCGGUUCCGGACGGCACCUAGUGGGAUCUGCGUGCGAGGACAUCAAUGAGUGCCUGCUGGAGCCGUGCCUACACGGAGGAACCUGCUACGACCAAAAGCCGGACUACUUUUGCCUCUGCGGUCCGAACCACAUCGGCGACAACUGCGAGUGGACCAAAGUCUCGAGUGCCAACCUCCCGCUAACCGAGCCGGCAGCCAUAGCGGCCGUUAUGCUCUCGCUUCUCUUUUUAGUUCUCAUCGGAGUGUGCAUCUUCUUAAGACACCAUCGGCUACGGACAGCCAGCAGGGCAUUGGGUCGCCAGGAGACCGAAGGCAGCGAGGACUCUAAGGACUCCUUCAUAGCCGUCAAAGUAGGAUGCAAAGGAUCGGUGAUUCAGACACUGGACCCAGAGAAGGAGGCGGGAACGUUGUUCCUCGGGCUGAGGAGCGGAUGGAAGAGGGAAACGGGAGGUGGUGGAAGAACCAGAGCCACGACGACCACCAAGAGAAAGGGACCCGAGGACGAGUCCCACACCACCUUCCUCGAGCUGCUCAAACUGUCUAGGGCCAAACCUGCCAAGGAGGCCAGAGGAGGUCAUACUGUGACCAGCAGUGGAGUUAGCGCCGCUGUCAUCACUUCCGCUGGAGUCAGUGGCAGUAAAGAUAUUGCAUUGGUAGUACCCACUGACCACCAGUAUAACCACUUACCAGGGGAAGACCUAAGAAAUUAUGCAUAUGAGGGCGAUGGAUCAUCUUCGGGAUCUCUUGCCUCGACUAUAUCAGGUUUAAGAACCGAAUUGGAACACGAGGAACCGGGCAGAGUCAUAGCUGCCGAAUUUGUUGAAGUGAUGGACCUCUUGAAGAACCUUCCGGAGGCUCCCAAAUCCUCCAUCCUUCUCGCCAGACUCAAAGAGAAACGAACUUCAGCGAAGGGAGUCGGAGACCCCGAGGUGAUGAUAUCCACGGUGCCAUUGGGGUCACUAAGGAGUAAAGAGAAUUGUCAGAUUUCUUCUUCUUCUUCCUCGUCUCCUCCAGCUGCAUCUUCAGGGUCUUUCCCCCGCCCUCCGAAGGACAUGAGGAAGGCCGAGACGCCCUCUUCCUCCAAAGGUGGCCCCCAGGCGGUUAGUAGGAGAGAUGAACUCACUACAGCCUGCUGACGACCACCUGUUUGAAGCAUGAAAUUUUAAGUGUAUUGCAAACAAUUCGAGUAACUGAUACGUGCUAAAGUUUCAUCACAAAGCAUUUAGCAAUAUUUAUAUUAUUCGGGAAGUAUAAAAAAAUCUUGUACAAAUAUCUAGUUUUGCACCGACAGUAAUGUGGAAAAGUUUUAUUUAAAUCAGCCUAAUUGUCAUCAUCUGUGUACUACUAGAUUUUUUCACAAAAAUGAAAAAAACAUUUAGAUGUUUUAUACAUUUAUAUCACAAAUGUAAUAAAUGUGUGU